CCUCCCAUUCCCAGACCACCCUCGCCUGCCUGGAGGUUCCGAGGGCUGCUGCAGGGUAGCACACCUUGCGCUGGCGCAGACGCAGCCUGGGCGGCUCAGCAGGAGAGGCUCGCUGGUGUGAAAUCCUGAAGAUGGCCAAAGAUGACUCCGCUGUGCAUUGUUUCCAGGGCCUGCUGAUUUUUGGAAAUGUGAUUAUUGGUAUGUGUGGCAUCGCCCUGACGGCAGAGUGCAUCUUCUUUGUAUCCGAUCAACACAGCCUCUACCCGCUGCUGGAAGCCACAGAUAAUGAUGACAUCUAUGGGGCUGCCUGGAUCGGCAUGUUUGUCGGCAUCUGCCUCUUCUGCCUGUCAGUUCUCGGCAUUGUAGGCAUUAUGAAGUCCAACAGGAAAAUCCUUCUGGCGUACUUCAUUCUGAUGUUUAUAGUGUACGGCUUUGAAGUGGCAUCUUGUAUCACAGCAGCAACGCAACGAGACUUUUUCACACCCAACCUCUUCCUGAAGCAGAUGUUGGAGAGGUACCAAAACAACAGCCCUCCAAACAAUGAUGACCAAUGGAAAAACAAUGGGGUCACCAAAACCUGGGACAGGCUCAUGCUCCAGGACAAUUGCUGUGGUGUAAAUGGCCCAUCAGACUGGCAGAAAUAUACAUCUGCCUUCCGGAUUGAGAAUAACGAUGCCGACUACCCGUGGCCUCGUCAGUGCUGCGUUAUGAACAAUCUUAAAGAACCUCUCAACCUGGAGGCUUGCAAACUAGGAGUGCCUGGCUAUUACCACAAUCAGGGCUGCUAUGAGCUGAUUUCUGGACCAAUGAACCGACAUGCCUGGGGGGUUGCCUGGUUUGGAUUUGCCAUUCUCUGCUGGACUUUUUGGGUUCUCCUGGGUACCAUGUUCUACUGGAGCAGAAUUGAAUAUUAAAUAUUAAGCGUAACCACCAAACCCCUCAGGACUCCGGAUUAGUGUGGAACCAGCUCCCUCCUAAUAAUCCAGGUCGUGCUUCACAGUGACGGGUGCAUAUCAAAUGGUCGAGUCAGGCACUGUAGACUUCCUUUAGGUCCUCAGGUGCCUGGAAUCCUCAGGAAUAGCAUUUGACUUUCUGGUCUGGAAUUCUGCAACAUUCUCAGUGAUUCUAGGAGAGUGAGAACUUGGAACGUAGAUAGUAGCUACUCCCAACUCUGUUUAUUUUUAAUUCGGGGGCAUAAAGUUACUCGGAGGAACCUGUAUUAUCACAGUAAGCUAGGUCUGUCAUUUGAAUAGCAAAUCUAUAGCCUGUAUUUCUUCUCACUGUUGUCCAAAAGAAAACAUGUUGACCUUCACUUAUCUCAGUGUUACCCAGGUGAGCGAACAAAGGCUUUUGCCUUUGUUCUAUGGCAGCUCCCAUCUACAAAGGCUUGGGAGAAUCCCCUGAUGCCACCUUCAGAUCCUUUUAUUCUCCAGAGCAAUUUCCAGUCUGGAGUUAAGAAUGGUUCCGAUUUCCUCUCACACCUUGCAGAGUAGAACACAGAGUCCACGUAAUGAAAAGGGGACAAGCAAGCGGGCCUGUUAUACAUUCACUCAGUCUGUGUCCUGAAUGGUCUCAGCUUGAAGCACUUUCCAAAUAGGAGAGAAGCAAGCUAGCUAUUAGAAUGGGUGAUUCACAGGGAUUUUUGUGUACUGUCAAAAUAUUUCUCUUCCAAGCUAUGUUUCCAUUUGUGGUCCUGAAGAAAGUUCUUGUAACUCAACAUUUGUUGGUCUGGUCUUAUAAAUAA